AUGAAGUAUGCAGAGAUUAUUAUAGGACCGCCAGGAAGUGGAAAGUCAACAUAUGUGGCAAGUAAGAAGGAUACACUUGCACAUAGAAAUCCGUUUAUUGUGAAUCUUGAUCCUGGAAAUACCAAAGAUGCACACUUUGACUACAGCAUAUGUGCCGUGUCUUCAUCAGAGGCGUAUCAGCAUAAAUAUGACGUUGGCCCAAACAUGUCCACAAAAGCAAUUCUUGAAGAAUUUGGAUCUGGAUUUGAGCAGUUUUUUAGAGAAAACAUCGAAGACACAGAUCACUACGUUUUGUUUGACUUUCCUGGGCAGAUUGAAUUUUUUAUAUCAAGUGAGAUACCAAAUGAAAUAAUUAAGCAUCUUAGAAGUAACGGAUACUCAGUUGUUCUUGUGAAUCUUAUUGAUCUUGUUUUUUUCUCGAAUGAAAGCUCUCGCAUAUCUUCGUACUUGAUAUCAGCGCUUUGUCUUGGACUUCUUGAGGCAGCCCAGAUCAACGUCAUAAGUAAGUGUGAUAAUUGGAACAGGAUUGGAAUUGAUUGUACACUAAGAGACAUAGCCGAUCUGUGUAACCUAGAUGAUGAGCAAGGAAAAGCACCUUUUUACAAGGAGACGCUCAUGUUUGUGCAGAAUCAAGGAAUACUUCCGUAUGAAAUUUUGGACUAUGCAAAUCCAUUGUCCAUACAGGCAUUACAAGUAUCAAUUGAUACCGCAAGUGGAAUGUUAUUUGAUGACGAUUAUUUUGCAACUGAAAAGAUCCUGAAGAUUCCAUCAAGAGACAAAGUGUUUGCUGUGUAUGAAUGCACUCAGGAUAGUAGUAAUGGCCAGACACAAUCAACUGCUGAGACUCAUUGA